GGAGCAGGAGCGGAAAUAGGAUUAAUAUCAACAACCUGAGUUUACAACAACUCCGGUGAAACUUCACAACACUCUAACCCGAUAAGCUCCGUCACAUUGUAGUGUUCAGUUAAAAUGCUCUAACAAUAUCCGCUACAUUAUGGGGGAAGGGUGUAUAUGCUCAUCGAGGAAGAGGGUUGUUUUUGUGCUGAAACUCGGUGGCUAGUUUAGCCUAAGGAGCUAAGGUAGCUAAUUUUUAGUCAGUUGACGCGUGAAGUCAUUUCGACAACCUCGGUGAGGAAACUGUCCACUAAUAUGCUCGGAUAUCGCUCCUUGGUUAAGUCUCUCAAUGUUGCGGGGGUGGCCAGAUUGUGUGCCAGCUGCUGUUGACUCGUCCUGGUAGUUUUAUGUGGCGCUGAUAGUGCCUGGUCCGCUCAUAAUGCACCUGCAGCUGCUCCCACCUGUCAACUAGCUGGCUCCUCUUCUCGUGUCCACCCGUCUGCCGUCGCCCAAUGGCUCACUGCGGCUCCUCCGAGCCAAAGCCACUGGCACCGUCGCAGGGCAGCGUAGACCAGAGCAUGAAGCCCGUGCUGUUCGAGAUCUUCGGUGAGAUAUGGACCGUCGAUUCGCGCCUCGGCCAAGGAGUCUCGGCCUCGGUGUACCGGGUCAGCUCAGGCAGGGCCACCACCGCCGCUGUCAAGCAGUUUCAGGUCGACACUCGGGGAGGAGAUUACGGGUAUCACAAGGAGAGGUCUGUGCUGGAGGACAUACAGGGACACAAAAACAUCGUGACACUGUACGGGGUUUUCACCAACAACAGCUGUAUGGGUGUUUCCACCCGCUGUCUCCUGCUGGAGCUUUUGGAUGUCAGUGUGUCCGACCUGUUGGUAAGAGGAAGGAGUGAUAACCAAGGUGGUAGACCCCAGCAGGGCCACUCCAUGUGGCUUGUCCAGCACUGUGCCAGAGACAUCCUAGAGGCUCUAUGCUUCCUCCACAAGGAGGGCUAUGUCCAUGCCGAUCUCAAGCCUCGUAACAUCCUCUGGAGUGCUGACGAUGAGUGCUUCAAGCUCAUCGACUUUGGCCUCAGCUUCAAAGAGGGAAACCAGGAUGUCAAGUACAUCCAGACAGACGGGUAUCGAGCACCAGAGGCUGAGAUUCAGAACAGCCUCGCUCAGGCCGGGGUUGAGGUGGAGGGAGACUUGGGCUGCACAGCCGCUGUGGACCUGUGGAGCCUUGGCAUCAUCCUGUUGGAGAUGUUCUCAGGAAUCAAACUCAAAGACACCGUCCGCUCACAGGAGUGGAAGGAUAACAGUGCUGCCAUUGUUGACCAUAUCUUUGCCAGCAACAGUCUUGCAUGCCCUGCCAUCCCUGUCUAUCACCUCAGAGACCUUAUCAAAAGCAUGCUUCUCAUUGACCCAAAGCAAAGAUGCACAGCUGAAACUGCGCUCCUGAGCCCGUUCUUCAGUAUUCCGUUUGCUCCUCACAUAGACGACCUGGUUCUGCUGCCCUCUCCUGUUCUGCGUCUGCUCAACCUGAUUGACGACAGUCAUCUGCACAAUGAAGAUGAGUAUGAAGACAUCCUGGAUGACAUGAAAGAGGAGUGCCAGAAAUACGGCUCAGUGGUUUCUCUGCUCAUCCCCAAGGAGAAUCCAGGGAAAGGACAGGUGUUUGUGGAAUAUGCCAACUCCGGCGACUCCCAAGAGGCUCAGAGGUUGCUGACAGGCCGCACCUUCGAUGGCAAAUUUGUCGUGGCCACUUUCUACCCUCUCAGCGCUUAUAAAAGAGGUUACUUGUAUCAAACUGUGCAGUAAAGCCCUGGAGCUCAAUGUAUAUCUUUAGGAACUGCAUAGGUCACCAGAAAAGAGAGCAAGAAGUUGUUUCUCCCUGUGAAAAAAGACCUUAGAAGCUAUGAGUGGCCAUCCUGCUGUUAAAAAAUGCAUUCAGUUAAAAAGAUGUGUAGUUUAAAGUACUGCAUGUAAGUCAUGUGGCACAUACAGUGUGUACGGAAGUAUUCAGAACCUUUAAAUGUUUCACUCUGGUUUAUUGUAGCUAUUUGCUAAAAUCAAAAAAGUUCAUUUUAUUUCUCAUUAAUGUACACUCAGCACCCCAUCUUGACAGAAAAAAAAACAUAUGUAGAAAUUUUUGCAAAUGUAUUAAAAAAUAAAAACUGAAAUAUCAUAUGGUCAUAAGUAUUCAGAAAUAAAAUGAACAUUUUGGAUUUUAGCAAAUGGCUGCAAUGAAACAAAGAGUGAACAAUUUAAAGGGGUCUGAAUACUUUCCGUACCCACUGUAAGUGUUUCAUGCAGAGUGUAACUUUAACUCAGUUGUGAGCAGCGUACAAGAUCACUCAUCACAUCUCUGCUGCCUCAAGUCUGGGUGCCACUCAGUACUAAUCCAUCUGGUGCUUCAAGGUGAACUGCAUCUGUUGCUACUUAUAACUCUGGGGACAGACUAUUUACUGUUCUCUCUUCCAUUUUCGCACUUCAUUCACAGAAAUGACCAAUGCUGAGAGAAUGUGAAUCUGAAUAGUUGCACAUCUCCAGAUCUCUCUAGAAAUUGAGUCGAAUACUUUCAAGGAUGAGAUUAGAAACAAGCGGGAUUACACUGACCUCCUAGUAAUAAUGACUGGGUUCUAUGUCUGAAACCUAAAAGCCCUUUCCUGUAGCUGUAUGCUUUGUAGCUUUUUUUGCAUUAGUUACAAGUUACGGAAGAAUCCAUACGUUCUAAUGUUCUUUGGGUUCUACUUAGUCCAUCAUGGUAUCAGUGGACCUGCAGUGCCCGUCAAGCUAACUGUCACACAGGGAAGCUUCAGAUUUUUUCUAUACAAGUGCCCAAUGACAUUCACAAGCUAGCUAGCUAACUAACCAAAAUGCUAGUACAACAACAGGUUGUGCUGCACCUGUAUGUGUUGGUUGCUCAUGUAGUUGAAGCAGAUGCCUUAGAAAAGAAUUUCCUUCCAGCAGUCGUAGUGCUGCUCGCGAACAACAUUAAAGACAAUGAUAAUCGUAAAGAAGCAUCUUGAUUUUCUUCCAAAAACUGCUCAGUGCAAAACAUUUUUUUAAACCCGGCCAUAUCACGUCAGUCACUUUAAGUUAGCUAGCAUUAGCUAACAUUAGCUUCUGGCUAAACCUAACUACGAACUGGCCUAACAUAUUGAACUCUGGCAUAAUUCAAUGUUUAAUCUUUAAGAGGUAGGAUGAAUGUUGAUUAUUCAUGCUUUAAAGUCUGGUGUGUAGAAGUGCAACUGGUUCACUGAUGUUUUAGAACACAAAUAUAAAGCACUGCUCCUUCUGAAUGGGUAAUUCAUUGAGUAUGUGAGAAAAACUAUAUUAUUUCAAUCAGGAGAGACUUGGUUUUUACUUUAACGAGUUUAUUUUUUAAAGUGCACAGAGAAUGCGAACAUUUAUAGUCUUUGGCAUUUUAGACCCCUGUGUGAUGUCAUCAGGAUUAGAAGGGGGUGUAGUAGAACGUCUUACAGGAAUACCCCCCAGGGGUCUAGACACUGGUGGUGGUUCAUUGGUCAAUCGUUUGUUUAGAUGGUCCAUAUAUGAGCAUUGUCUUAUUGGACUUCCUAAGUGUGACAUCCUCUGUCCUUAACCCUCACAAGAGUAAGGAAAAACUACAAAACCCUUCUUGAGGGAAAAACGUAGAAACCUCAGGAAGAGCCGCAUGCGAGGGAUCCCUCUUCCAGGAUGGACAGAAGUGCAAUGGAUGCCACGAGUAACAGUCUGUUGUCAGGCAGUCAGCUGCCACCUUAGUCCGUGAUCGGUUGUCAUCGGGAUCCGGAAGAGGUGAUGAAUGUUCUUCUCAGGACUGGAGGAGAUUGGGGUGGAGGAGGGGUUGUGCGAGUCACUGCAUUGACACUGCUGAGGAAGAGAACAGAAGGGAUUUUUAAAGUUUGACAGCUGCUGUGUGACUGGCUGAAGGAAACAGCGCGGGCCUGAUUAGAUGAUUGGGAACACCUACGAUCAGCUGACGCAUACAGGUUAAGCCCUCCCAUGGGCAUUCCCGGUAUUUAGGACCGCCCGCAGUCAGCUGAUCUGAAUGGGGUUUUAAGUCUUCCUUACUGAACUUACGCUGAGCUCCAUUAAUAUUCACAAAAAUUAAAAAAAUAUCUGAAGCUUACGGACUAGAAAUCUUCUUUCUGACACACUCACUGCACAUUCUGCAACAGAAAAAAGAAAAACCUAGAGUAAGAAGAAAAUGUCGGAGAUUUGUCUAUACGGAGUGACUCCAAAAAAAACUAUUUUUCUACAAUCUUUUAUUUGAUUGAGCUUGAAAUCUUGUCUUAAGACCCCAACGACAUGUCUGUAAAGCACAUUUAGCAGCCUGUGGUAAAUAAUCAAGAUGGUCAGUGUGGCCCUCAAUAAUAAUUCUGGACUAAAACCCAAUGAACAAUCUUCGUCUCAUAGUCCUGUCAAGGACGGGAACCGAAAAAACAAAUGAUAAUGUCAGGAUAGUCUUUUAAGGCAUUUGAAGUUAGAUUUUGUCUUAUGAUCUGAACUCGCCAUAGUUCAACUGCACCUUAUUGAAUGAUAUAACUUUGUUUGUGUUCAGUGAUGCCUGUGCACAAGUUAUGGUCUAUACAUAGUUUUGAGAUACUGUGGGAGUGUGUUUUGUCUGAAAAGGAGGUUCCUUUUUCUUUUGGAUAAUAUAUGGGGCAUUUUUGCUUGAACAAAUGAAUAGUUUCCAUUGAAGAUCCAAACAGGAGACAUGGGUAGAGGAGAAUCGUAUGUAACAAAGGUCCCCAACUAUAAUGGAGUGUAAGGGCGUUGCAGUUACAUGUAUCUUAACCACUUGCUCAUGCUCUCUUCAUUGAAAGUGUUGGGUUCAGUUUGAAACGAGAUGUCCGCAUUUUCACAGGAGCUGGCAAGACCAUUUAUAAUGAACAGCCACACACAGCACAACAAAUUGUGGUGUGGCUUUCUUUGACAAAAACGAUAGCAAACCAGUCAACUGUAAUGGUCUUUUACAGAUCUCUGAUACUGAGGGUUUCUAUCCCCAAACAUGCAUACAGCAUGUGGUCUUCCACACUUAACCAGCCGCUUCCCAGUUUGACUUCGAAAGCAGCAAUCUUAAUAUGGCUUAGGGUUGUUUUCAUCCCUUUUGAACACAAUAUUACAUGUGAGAGAGAUGCCACAACAGGUGAUCAGACAAAAGCAAAGAUUAAAGAGAUGACAAAAGACCGAAACGCAUUUGACAAUUCGCUAGUGACAUUAUUAAGAGUAGCAUCCACUGAAUUCACUUUUUAAAGCUUCCUUGCCACUUUUUAAUGCACUGCACCAUGAUCACGUUCCAAUCAAUUGUUGUGUUGGUUCAGUAGUCCUCAUUUUUCCAAUGGAGGAUGGUUCUGUAUCUGUUGUGUAUAUGUUAGCAUUAGGUUAUUAGUGGCUAUGGAGUUAGGGUUUGUACUGUUUCUGGUUAACUUAGACGAGGACAAAGCAGGUUCUUCUGUUGAUGGCUGCACCUCAGUAUUAUAAUAUUUUUGUUCUUACAUUUUUUUCCUGCUGCACUCAGUCUGGUGCCGCUCAGACUUGAUUAAAGGUUCAGUGUAAAAUGGAUUUAUUGGCUGAAAUGGAUAUAAAAUAAUCCCAGUGAUGUCUUCACAUGUGUGUAAUCAUGUAAAUUUUACAAAUUGUAAAGUGGCCCUUUAUUUAUUUAGAUUCAUUUAUAUAUCUAAUAUCUAUAAACAUAUUUCAUCUGGUGCUUGACAAACUAAACUAAUUUUGAGUGUUUAUGACAACUGCAGGAUAACACAGGUUCUCUUUCAUGUUUGGAAGGGGAGGGUGAGGUGAGGAGUAUUUACCACUAAAUUUGACACACUGAACCUUUAAAUCAGCUUAAGCCCUGCAUGUAAGCAUUGGCAGUCUGAGAGAUAUUGUGCUGCCACAGAGCUGUGAGCGUCUGCAGUAGAACAAUCAGUAUGGCAGCAUUGUUUUAAUAUUAGACUCAGAUAUUUAUUCAGGCUGAUUUGAAUGAUAUGAUACUAAGUUGUGUGCUGCAUGCUGAUCAUUUUACAGUAGGAGAUUGUUUAAGUUGAAUCCUUAAAACAUCGGACCAGUUAAGCACUGGGGUAUACAAAAUUGUACAGCAGUUUUGUGUUGGUUUACAUAAUACUUAUCAAGUUUAAUGAUUUCAUAGAAGUGGAAUAAGUAUUUUUCUUUUUUGUUUUAAAUAUAUCACUAUAAAAUUUGUUUUUCACAUUUGGUGUGAAUAGCAUUUAUUCUCAAACUGGGAGUACUACAGUCUUUACAGCACACUGGUUAUGUGUAAACCUAUUAAUGUGACACUGUGGUUAAUGCUCGCUGCCACAGUUGACCAAUAUCAAGGUGGAGGGAGAGAGGAAGAGAGGAAGAGAGAGAUGCUGACCAUGUGUGUAUCACUUGUGUGUGUGGCCAUAUGCUUGAAGGUGUUUUUACAUAAUUUUAUAUUAAAAGGACAGUGACCGAAACAGUCAGUUUAUAACUGAAGAGAUAAGAUACAAACGUAAAGCAACAAAGUGUCUACAACUGAUACAAAAGAACUGAUUUCCUGUGAUUUUUUUUAUUUCUAAUUUAAAGGUUCCGUUUGUAAAAUUCAGUGCAACAGGUGUACUUCUAUAAAAAAAAAAGAAAAAGUGGCCUCCAUGGAGCGACCCACUUCUGAUGUACGUAUCAAAUAUUUAAAUAUAAAGGGCUCAUUCUAGGGCAAAGAAAACAACAAUUGAUGAUUGCACACCAAUGCAACUAGGAUUAUUUUACAUUCCAUUUCUACCAAUAGAUUCCUUUCACCAAAAUUGUACACGCUGAACCUUUAAAGCUGCAGUAAUUAUACAUUUUCAGAGCCAGAGAAAAGCCACCCAAAGUUACUAAGAAAGCUCCAGAGAUAAACUGCAGUCUCUAAAAAAUUACCCUUUCUAUAUUAACACAUUCAUAUUUAGAUAUUUUCAUAUGAAAUGGGACCCGUGGGGAACUUUAUUCAAAGCCAAAUCUGAUAUAUUGAAGCGCAGCUGCCCUAAAAAUAUCAUAUUCUCAAAGAACUAUCGGACAACUAAAACCAAAUGAUUCAAUGAGAACUUGCACAAUCCCGUGUUUUUGUUUUGAGUCUGAACAACUAAAAAAUGUAUUUCAUUGUAAUAUUUAAAAAUAUCAAAAGACAAUCCUUGAGAUUAUUGCUGUCUUUAUUUAAUCAAGGUCUUCCUUUUGUUUUCAGCCAGUAAGGUUGUGAAGAUGUUUGUUGAAUGUUGUGUAAAAGUUCAAUUUGGACACUACAUGAUGUUCAUUAUUGGGUGAAAUGAGGUGUAUCAGUUUUUCUUGGUGAAACAUUAAAAUGUAAAACCUCUUCAUGUUUAUUUCUGUGUCCAGAUCACAUAUCCUCAUUCAGUGGUCUGGCCUCAUGAGACUUACUACCGGUCAAACUGUACUGAGAGAGCAGAGGAUGUUACUUCUUGUUUCAGAGGAAGCACAAUGUCAGGAGGUCACUGUGUAACACACACAUAACAUUUGUGGACCUGUGUGUUAGUCUAUUCUCCAAGAUUCAUAGCAUUCAUGUUGUGUUUAGUAUCUCAAAAAAUGAAAUAAAAAUGAUGCUUAACUUGA